GUCGAGGGCUUGGGCAGGGGGGCUUACACCAGUUCACAGAAUCAUCUUUGCGAGUCCACUCAAGCCUUAAAGCCAAACCUGAGGUGAGUCUGUUGCAGAGGGAUGAAUCUUCGUCUUGUCAGGUCGACAAUUUCUUGCAUGUAUCUUCAACCCUUCGGGUUUACUACACCUUGAUAUGGAACAGAACAUGAUGGAAGCAUCAACUAUGAAGGCCAUCUCAAUUCAAGAAACGCAGGACACGUUUUUUGCCUUUGGAAUAAUCAAGGAACCAAAUGGAAGGAUUAGGCUACGUCAUUGGGAUGAUUUAUCAUUCACUGCCUGCAAAUCCGGGUUUUGGAAUAGAGGACUAUCCAUCUUCAUGCUCUCAGCAUUGUGAACCAAUCUUAACCAAAAUAACUAAAACUAACCAAAAGAACCAACACUAACCAAAAUAUCCAACACUAACCAAAAGAACCAAAACUAACCAAAAGAACCAAAACUAACCAAAAUAACCAUAACUAACCAAAAGAACCAACACUAACCAAAAUAACCAUAACUAACCAAAAUAACCAACACUAACCAAAAUAAUAGAAUUUGAUUUUCAGAUGUUAAUAACAUCACAAUAACUAUGUUAACUAUAAUAACUACAUUAUUACCAUUUAUAUUAUUAGGAAAUGCAAUUGUUUAAUAUAGGAGGGUUCCAUCUUCCAAAUAUCCAACGCUGAUAAAGGACAAAGAUUCAGCAUACUGAAAUCAGUAGUUUCAGUUGCUAUACAGAAGCAGGUGAUGAACAGAAUAACAUUUGCUUUGCUGUAACUGAUCUUCUCUGUUGUCUCCCUAGCUAAACAUGUCCUUCGCCGGUCUUAACGAUGCUGAUGUUGCUGCAGCCCUCGCUGCUUGCACAGGUAAACCUCUUAUUGAUGCCUCAGUUCACUUUCUACUCUGUCUCUCUCUCUCUCAAAUUGUAGGAUCUCUGUUUGUGGGCAACAUUGUAUAGAGCAGGCGUCUUUCAUUUUUGUGGUUGAUGAGAGAGAUGAGAGGGAUAUUGCACAGAAAAGAGUGGCUAGACCGGAAUAUUGAACCGCUGCCUCCAGGGGAGUGUGGUCCAGUGCAGGGGCAGCAGCUCUACCACUAGACUAGCCCUGGGCAAGCGGGCACAGCCCUGGCACAGCAGUAUUGUUAAGUAUAUUUGUAACUGUGAAAUCCUCCGACAGCAUUUUAAUGGAUAACUGAUCGCCCCACAGCUGCUGACUCCUUCAACCACAAGGCGUUCUUUGCCAAGAUCGGCCUGGCCAGCAAGUCCAACGAUGACGUGAAGAAGGCCUUCUACGUCAUUGACCAGGACAAGAGUGGCUUCAUUGAGGAGGAUGAGCUCAAGUAAGGACCCCUCUGAUAUUACACUCAUCAUAUAACACCUUUGAUCAUGUUUCUUAGAGUGAAUGUUAAGUUCCCUUUAUAAGGCUUGACUGAUUGCUUAGUGUGGGGGCAAAAAAUUGACAUAACUUUAAACCUACCCCUCUGUAGAGCAUGGGGUGCCUAUUUCUAUCUCAACAAAAUAGAGUCCUCUCCCCAAAAAUAUGAGUAGAGCAGGAAAGCAUCAGCAUAGUCUGUAUUUACGGUCUUUGCUUAUUGCCUGUUUGCUCUGUAUCCAUCCAGGCUGUUCCUGCAGAACUUCUCUGCCUCUGCCAGAGCCCUGACUGACGCUGAGACCAAGGCUUUCCUGGCUGAUGGGGACAAAGACGGUGAUGGCAUGAUUGGAGUUGAUGGUGAGGAUCAUUCCUUUUGGAGUUGGGAACAUUCCUUUUUGGAAUUUGGGAACAUUAUUUCAACAACAAGACAUACAUGCUCCUUGCAAGUCUUCGCAAUCUCAGUUGUAAUUGAAAACUAAAUGUUGAAUAAGAAAUGAUUGAACCAUUCAUAUUGUUAAUACAAAAAAUGGUGUGUUCACUUUUGCAGAGUUCGCUGCCAUGAUCAAGGGAUAAAUGAAGACCUGACCAACACCUCUUGAUCUGAAGGAACAACUUGACCCAAGACAUCCCCCUUUUCAUCUUAACACUUUUAUACACGUGACUGUUACUGUGUCUGAAAUGACACCCUAUCCCAUACAUAGUGCACUACCUUUUCCCAGAGCCUAUGGGCAAAAGUAGUGCACUAUAUAGGAAAUAGGGUGUCAUAUCAGACAUAGCCUGUGACUGUCUACCCAUAGUGCAUCUUUCUGUCCACUAUGAAUGUAAAUGUAGUGUGGCUGUGUUUCCCCUGUUCUCGUUAAUUUGAGUUUUGCUUUAGUGUCCAAUCAAUUAUGCACUUUUUGGGAAAUGGACGUCGGACGAUAUAUAGAAAAGAAUAAACGUUCUUUUUCAAUAUGGUGUCUCAUCUUUUCUUUAGAGUUUGCUUUAAUGUUCAGUACCAAUCUGUUUAGACUAGAGUGGAAUUUUAUCAUCACCUUACCCACUUUAAUAAACCAGCACGGUUCGGGUCAGUAGGAUAGUGUGAAAAGGGUAUAUUGUUCAGCAUCCUCUUACAUGAUUUAUCAUCAAAAUGAUCACCACAUAGCAACUAAGAUGAGGAGAUGAGAGGUCAAUGGUUGUGCAUUGAUUUUAUUUUGAGAACUGGAACAGUCAAGUUUCAUAUAGUAGCUAACAUUAAGUGGUUACACCUUCAGUCGUGUAUAUUUCUGAGUCACUAAGACAGAAUCGAUCUACCUGUAGCCUAGUGGUUAACCUGGUCAAAAUAUCCUGAUAGCCUAUAGCGAUAACCACUCUAGCACAGGUGGGAUUACAAAUUCUCAUUUUACAAGCGGCACAUAUGCACAUAGCCUACCAUCCUUCGAUCCGCCGCUGCUAUUCAUGUGUUUUGGCAAGAGAGAUGUGUUUUCCCUCCUCUUGUUCAUCAGUAAAUAUUCCAUGGCAGUUGUAAUCAGUUGCUAGCCUGGCUGACUCGACCCAAGUGACCACACAGCGAGGAAGAGCAGUGACUUACUCGUCUGGACAGGAGGCCGUUUAUUAAUGCAAUAUUCGCUCAGAAAUUGAGGAAAAGCAUUGAUUGGUUCUCUCAAAUGCAUUUUUUUUCGGGUGGGUUGAGACCUCGUUGUUUUGGAUUUGAAAAUCCAACAGUAGUAAUGGAAGGGGGCAGCACUCAGGGACUGUGUGUGGCUGUGCCUGUGGGUGUUUGAGUGAGAAAGACACGGAGGAGAACCAACCAGUUAAAGCACAGCCCCCUUAAUCAUCAAUAUAUUGCACUGACAACAUAAAAAUAGUAUUUCCAGUCAGGAGGACCUCGAGUUAGUGUCAGCCAGACUAAUCAGUUGCAGGAUAAAGAUUCAAUCCAAUGUCCAUAAACUAAGCCAAACUCCUCGAGAGGUAAAUUCUUACUUUUGAAGUGGCUAAACUAGUCAAAAGUUCCUGAUAGCCACUCUACAGGUGGGAUUGCAAAUGAAAUGUCCAUAAACGCAUGCAAAACAUAACUUUCCAGACGCUAUCUUUGGUUGGGUCUUUUGCCCAUUUAUUAGCAGCAAAAAUUAAAUUGAUCGCAAACAAUUUCAUACAGGCAGAUGUAAUUAGUAGGCUCUCCAAACAUGUGCCAUAGAUGGUGGAUUAUAAAGAUGAUACAAAAAAGGCCUCUUACCAUAGAAAAUAAUUGUCACAGCUCCAGUCUACCAUGCACUAACCAGAAAAAAAGUAUUAUGAAAUGUAUCACUUACUCUAUCAUCUCUGCCUGUGCCAUAAUAGUUAGAGGAUACGACAUUGUGGUCUUGUUCCCCUGCGCAAACAUUGCAUGCAUCAACCAAUGGUUGCAUGGCCACGUCAUCAGUUGUUCCGUCGGGAUUGCUAUAACAUAUGAUGUGGUUAGCUGAUAUGUAAAAUACCUAUCCAGGCUUUGUAAGCAACCUCUGGGCAGAGGACCAUGUCCUGUAUCUGUCCCAUUAUGGGGUCUAUGUGAGCAUGGGCAGCGCUAUUAGGGCCAUCUCCAUUUUGAAGCAGUCAAUUUUCUUUUUCUACUACUUCUAUGUUGGUAAACAAACUGAAAGUGUAUUUACUGCCACCUCGAGUGUGUUGUUUGAACAGUUAUAAAGCCAAGGUUGCAGUUAUGGAAUGUUUGCUCACAAGUGUAAUUAAUUGGCUGAUCUCUCCUGGUGACCUGAAUGGCAUUAUGUGAUCCUUCCUUAAACCAUAUGAAGUCCCACCCAGUUGACUACUUCAAAAUGGUGCUGCCCAUGCUAAAAUGGGCUUUUGGGCACUUGAGUCCUCUAUCUAUCUCUAUGGCCUGUGCAUCCCUACUUCCUGGUCACCUGUUUGCCAGAGUACACAUGACCAGUGACCAAUGACCCGUGCCUCUAGUGUAGGUCUACAAGGCUAAAGACAGACAAACUAUAGACAACACAACACAACAACCACAUUAGUAGGCCAAAAUUGCCCCUAAAUAUUCAAAUGUCAUGGCCAAUUAUUCACUGUUAUAUGUGCUUAUUAAAUAUCAAUAAGGGAUGAGUCUGUUUUCUAUUUAAUGUUUAAACCUCACAUUGAUUCCAGUGUGAUUCAGGCGUCAUGUUGAGGGUGCUGCAUUGGCAGAAAAAAACCACUAGGUGGUAUCCAAGUCAAACGAUCUAAAGCCAGAGGCACUGUCUGGCACUGAAUAAAGCUGUCUUUUUGUGAUGUAAGUUUCACAACCUGUUCUGCAGUCCAGUGUCCACGACAUAGCUGUGCAAUUGGGUUUUGGCCUUUACAUAUAUUCACUUAUCAUCAGGAUUCCCAUCAUGAAUCAAGAUCUGUCAAUCAAGAGAUGAAUGGUUGGUAAAGGGUUGGACUGGGUUUGGGGUCGAGUAUAAUUGAGAAUAAUAAUUCCCUUGGUCCUCGUUAUAGAUGUAUCUUUCCUCCACCUUCAUUUUGUCCUGACUAAAUUAAAUCAUGAGAGACACUGCUGCUGCUUCUGAUGUUUUGAGCGCCUCCACUGCUAUGUUAUACAUCCCUCACAGCAGCCAAGCUGGUUGUUAUAGUGACCAGGUGGAAUCACCAGCACAGUGUAGGUUGAGUGAAUGUAUUCAGGAGGCAGAAUACUGUGUAAUAAUAAUAUAAUAUGCCAUUUAGCAGACGCUUUUAUCCAAAGCGACUUACAGUCAUGCGUGCAUACAUUUUUUUGUGUAUGGGUGGUCCCGGGGAUCGAACCCACUACCUUGGCGUUUCAAGCGCCGUGCUCUACCAGCUGAGCUACAGAGGACCACAGAGGACCCACACACCACCUGUGUGUGGGCUAUUCACCUUUACAGUGAAGCUGAAAACUGUUUGGUACCCUGAUAGUAUAACAAAGCCAUGCAGUAAAGAGAUGCAGUACAUAGAGCAAACAUUUCAUACAGUUUUAUUCUAAUCAUUUCCUGCAUGUUCAUAAACUAAAAUCAUCUUUUGAAAGAAGCAAGUCUAAAACAGUAAAAUAACGUGUACAGUCGUGGCCAAAAGUUUUGAGAAUGACACAAAUAUUAAUUUUCACAAAGUCUGCUGCCUCAGUUUUUAUGAUGGCAAUUUGCAUAUACUCCAGAAUGUUAUGAAGAGUGAUCAGAUGAAUUGCAAUUAAUUGCAAAGUCCCUCUUUGCCAUGAAAUUGAACUCAAUCCCCCAACAAACUUUUCCACUGCAUUUCAGCCCUGCCACAAAAGGACCAGCUGACAUCAUGUUAGUGAUUCUCUCGUUAACACAGAUGAGAGUGUUGACGAGGACAAGGCUGGAGAUUACUCUGUCAUGCUGAUUGAGUUAGAAAAACAGACUGGAAGCUUUAAAAGGAGGGUGGUGCUUGAAAUCAUUGUUCUUCCUCUGUUAACCAUGGUUACCUGCAAGGAAACACAUGCUGUCAUCAUUACUUUGCACAAAAAGGGCUUCAAAGGCAAGGAUAUUGCUGCUAGUAAGAUUGCACCUAAAUCAACCAUUUAUCGGAUCAUCAAGAACUUCAAGGAGAGAGGUUCAAUUGUUAUGAAGAAGGCUUCAGGGCGCCCAAGAAAGUCCAGCAAGCGCCAGGACCGUCUCCUAAAGUUGAUUCAGCUGCGGGAUCGGGGCACCACCAGUGCAGAGCUUGCUCAGGAAUGGCAGCAGGCAGGUGUGAGUGCAUCUGCACGCACAGUGAGGCGAAGACGUUUGGAGGAUGGCCUGGUGUCAAGAAGGGCAGCGAGGAAGCCACUUCUCUCCAGGAAAAACAUCAGGGACAGACUGAUAUUCUGCAAAAGGUACAGGGAUUGGACUGCUGAGGACUGAGGUAAAGUCAUUUUCUCUGAUGAAUCCCCUUUCCGAUUGUUUGGGGCAUCCGGAAAAAAGCUUGUCCGGAGAAGACAAGGUGAGCGCUACCAUCAGUCCUGUCUCAUGCCAACAGUAAAGCAUCCUGAGACCAUUCAUGUGUGGGGUUGCUUCUCAGCCAAGGGAGUGUUCAGCCUAAGAACACAGCCAUGAAUAAAGAAUGGUACCAGCACAUCCUCCGAGAGCAACUUCUCCCAAACAUCCAAGAACAGUUUGGUGACGAUGCCUUUUCCAGCAUGAUGGAGCACCUUGCCAUAAGGCAAAAGAGAAAACAUUUCAUACAGUUUUAUUCUAACCAUUUCCUGCAUGUUCAUAAACUAAAAUCACCUUUUGAAAGAAGCAAGUCUAAAACAGUAAAAUAACGUGUACUGUAUGUACAGUAGCCUUAAAUCACUUGCACUAAGUACUGAGCUUAAGAUAUACACUACAUGACCAAAAGUAUGUGGACAACUGCUCAUCGAACAUCUCAUUCCAAAAUCAUGGGCAUUAAUAUGGAGUUGGUCCCCCUUUUGCUGCUAUAACAGCCUCCACUCUUCUGGGAAGGCUUUGCACAGGUUUUGGAACAUUGCUGCAGGGACUUGCUUCCAUUCAGGCACAAGAGUAUUAGUGAGGUCGGGUACUGAGGCCUGGCUCGCACUCGAAGUUCCAAUUCAUCCCAAAGAUGGUCGAUGGGGUUGAGGUCGGGUCUCUGUAGAAGCCAGUCAAGUUCUUCCACACUGAUCUCGACAAACCAUUUCUGUAUGGAUCUCGUUUUGUGCACGAGGGCAUUGUCAUGCUGAAACAGGAAAGGGCCUUCCCCAAACUGUUGCCACAAAGUUGGCUGCACAGAAUCAUCUAGAAUGUUAUUGUAUGCUUUAGUGCUAAGAUUUCCCUUCACUGGAACUAAGGGGCCUAGCCCGAACCAUGAAAAAUUGCCCCAGACCAUUAUUCCUCCUCCACCAAACUUUACAGUUGGCACUAUGCAUUUGGGCAGCUAGCGUUCUCCUGGCUUCUGCCAAACCCAGAUUUGUCCGUUGGACUGCCAGAUGGUGAAGUGUGAUUCAUCACUCCAGAGAACGCAUUUCUUCUGCUGUAGAGUCCAAUGGCGGCGAGUUUUACACCACUCCAGCUGAUGCUUAGUGUUGAUCAUGGUGAUCUUAGGCUUGUGUGCGGCUGCUCGGCCAUGGAAACCCAUUUCAUGAAGCUCCCGACGAAUAGUUAAGUUGCUUCCAGAGGCAGUUUGGAACUCGGUAGUGAGUGUUGCAACUGAGGACAGAUGAUUUUUAUGCGCUACUCCUAGACGUUUCCACUUCACAAUAACAGCACUUACGGUUGACCGGGGCAGCUAUAGCAGGGCAGAAAUUUGACGAACUGACUUGUUGGAAAGGUGGCAUCCUAUGACCGGGCCAUUCUAAUGCCAAUGUUUGUCUGUGGAGAUUGCAUGGCUGUGUGCACGAUUUUAUACACCUGCCAGCAUGGGUGUGGCUGAAAUAGCCGAAUCCACACAUUUUGAAGGGGUGUCCACAUACUUUUGUAUACAUAGUGUAUCAAAUAAUCUGGCCCCAUCUGCUCCCACUUGGAAUAGGGGAAUUAAUAUUUUGGGAUUACUUGGGCAAUGCCAAUUUUAAUAUUUUCAUGGAUCUGUCAAUAAAUGUUUCUAUUGAUAAUUUGUUAAUAUUAUCAAUGUGAAAUCUUUUCAUAAAACGUUUAAUUAUAUACCUACAUAUUUUGUUACCAAUAAGACGGGGGGGGGGGGGGGGGGGGGGGGGGAGGAGAUGCGUAAAACUGCCUGCUAUAGCAUAAGGGCGGUACAGGUUCCAGUAUUUACACGCAUCAGCCAGUCAAGGCGGAUAUAAAUAGUAGGCUAACGGUUAAUUAGUUAGGUAAGGAAUUCGAGAGUGGCCUGGCUGUGAGAAUUUGAUACACGGACAGGUAACUCAAGCAUCGCGGAUUGUCGGUGUAUCCAGUCCAUAUAUAAAUCCUCAUCGGCAGUCAUCAGUCACCACAAAGCCUUACACCCUCUGCUUUGGACACCGGCGAGGCGAGACCAUCAAAGCGGUGAGUAGGAUAAAGGACUGUUCGAGUUUUUGGUGUGACGUGUGCGUGCGGUUACUUUGCCGACCGAGUGAGUGAUGCUCAGGUAGCCUAGUGCGGCUCAGGUGAUACACCGCGGAGGAAGUUGCAGGUCCAUUUACCUGGCUGACACUCUCUUAGGUAAUUCUUCUCGGAAUUUGUGUUUGACACUCUCUUAGGUAAUUCUUCUCGGAAUUUGUGUUUUUAACAGGAUUUUUGUUUAAAGGUUUUCCAGAAGUAGCCUAGACCUAUUUUACCUUUCUUAAUACACUUUGUAGGCACAAUUACGCAUCUGCAUCCAUAAAUGUUGUUGGGUCUUUAUCGAUAGCCUUUUUGCCAGAUAAUUUCAAAUCGCCUACAUCAGAGGUAUCACAUCCAGCAGCCAGAUUACACCAAAGCAGACAGAACAGCGACAUCAACAUCAACAUCAGUCAAACUGACAUCAGCAGAUUAUCAGAGCAAGGAGAGGAAGAAAUUGACAGAGAAAAACAAACUAAAGCAGUCGGUUUUAGAAGUCAACACCUCGUAGGGAGAGAGAGGGACAUAUAGGUAGGUUUGAACAUAUUAUGUAUUCAAUUCAGUGCAGUGUUGUUUGUUGUGGUUACUUGAAAUGAAUUGAUUUGAGGAAUAUUCUUAAGAAAUUGAUGUGUAGCAUUGCAUUGUGUAACAUUGCGUUUUUAUUAUGUUAAGAUACAUUUUGUAUCAAGGCAUUAUAAUUGGCAUAGCCUACUAUACACCCUUGUGUAAUCCAGCAGUUUUUUUCAAUGACUGCAGUCUGGGAUUACUGACUGAUAUUCUCUAAAUGAAUAGACUGGACCUGACUCUUUCAAUAGCCUGUGUGUGUGUGUGCGUGCGCGCGUGUGUGUAUGAAUAAUUUACUCCGCUGUUCCUCUGUCCUACAGGAUUAAUAUGUCACUCACUUCUAUCCUUUCUGCGGAGGCUAUUGAGAAUGCCGUCAAGGAGUUCCAAGGUAGGUCUUACCUCAGGACUACCUGAGAGAGAGAUUGAGAAAGAGAGACAGAGAAAGAAUGAGCGAGAGAAUGAGAAUGAGCGAAAAACAGAAAGAGGAGAGAGAUGGUAAUAUUGUAACAGACUAUGAUCAUGUACUGUAGAGAGUUAUUGUUAGUCAGAAGAGAGUGCUUCCUACUCUGUAGUGGGCUGGCAGUCGCCCACAGACUAUAGUCAUUAUAAUGUAUGUGCUUCUUUUACUCUGUUGUAGAACUAGGCUGGCAGUAGCCCGCAGACUAUUGCACUACAAUUUAGCAUCCUGAGGUUGGGUUUAGUCCACAUGCUGGGGUGAAAAGGACUCUUUAAGAAGAGUGUCUGUGUGCCAGCUCGUAAAGAGAGAGACACACAGGGAUAAAUCUCCACUCUGGACUGCAGCAACGCUACCUUUUAAACUCCUCAGGGUGUCAACCUUGCCUGAACUCUAACCUGUGUGUGUGUGUGUGUGUGUGUGUGUGUGUGUGUGUGUGCACUGGUUCAUUUAUGGGUGUAUGUGUUCUUCCUUACUCUCUUCAGCCCCAGACUCCUUCAGCUUUAAGAAGUUUUCCCAGCUGUGUGGCCUGACCUCCAAGUCUCCCAAAGAAGUCAAAGAUGUCUUCCAGAUCCUUGACGAUGACAACAGUGGCUUCAUCGAGGAGUCCGAGCUCAAGUAUGACAUUUGGAGUAAUCCUUUAGAAGGAGGGAUACUUGUGACCAAUUUCCUGUGCGCCCUAUAAUGAUAAUACAUGGUCAUUUUACUGACACCUUUAUUCAAAGUGACUUAUCGUUAACACAUAUAUUCAUUUGGCUAUAUGUGGCCCCAGUGGGAUUCAAAGCUACAACUGUGCCAAUUAGCAGAUGCUUUUAUCCAAAGCAACUCACAGUACAGUGAGUACAUACCAUACAUUUUUAUGAAGAUUACUUGAUCCCUGCGGGAAUUGAACCCAUGACCUUGGCAUUGCCAGUAGCACACUCUUACCAGCAGAGCCACACAGGACCACCAACUGUUCCAGCAGCAACCUGGUGAGCCAUCAGAACCACAGAGAGCAUUUCUAAAUGUAUGCUGAGUGACAGGAGACUUAAUACUAUUUAAUACAAUGAAAUAUGUUUUGUUGCAAGCACAACAAAUGCUAAUGAGAUAAAAUUCUACAAUUCCACUCCCCUGUCAUUUUAAUGGAAGGCUACCAUUAAGCCUUAAUAUAAUCCAUGGCUAAAAAACUAUAAUUAUUAAAUUUGCAUUAUAUAAUGCACCGUCUACAUUCUAUAAAUGUGCAAGCCAGCAGAAUUUAGGACACCAACUGUAACGGGACAUUAUAAACUGUAAUAUCUUAUGUUUCACCGAGUCGUGGCUGAACGACGACAUGAAUAACAUACAGCUGGCGGGAUAUACGCUACAUCGGCAGGAUAGAACGGCUGGUGGUCUGUGUAUAUUUGUAAACAACAGCUGGUGCACAAAAUCUAAUAUUAAGGAAGUCUCAAGGUUUUGCUCGCCUGAGGUAGAGUAUCUCAUGAUAAGCUGUAGACUACACUAUUUACCAAGAUAGUUUUAAUCUAUAUAGCUGUCUAUUUACCCCCACAAACUGAUGCUGGCACAAAGACUGUGCUCAAUGAGCUGUAUAAGGCCAUAAGCAAACAGGAAAACGCUCAUCCAGAGGCAGCGCUCCUAGUGGCCGGGGACUUUAAUGCAGGGAAACUUAAAUCCGUUCUACCUAAUUCCUACCAGCAUGUUAAAUGUGCAACCAGAGGGAAAGAACUCUAGACCACCUUUACUCCACACACAGAGACGCGUACAAAGCUCUCUCUCGCCCUCCAUUUGGCAAAUCUGACGAUAAUUCUAUCCUCCUGAUUCCUGCUUAUAAGCAAAAACUAAAGCAGGAAGCACCAGUGACUCGUUAAUAAGGAAGUGGUCAGAUGACGCAGAUGCUAAGCUACAGGACUGUUUUGCUAGCACAGACUGGAAUAUGUUCCGGGAUUCUUCCAAUGGCAUUGAGGAGUACACCACAUCAGUCACUGGCUUCAAUAAUAAGUGCAUUGAUGACGUCGUCCCCACAGUGACCGUAUGUACAUACCCCAACCAGAAGCCAUGGAUUACAGGCAACAUCCGCACUGAGCUAAAGGGUUAACCCGGAUGCUUAUGCCCUCCGACGAACCAUCAAACAGGCACAGCGUCAAUACAGGACUAAGAUUGAAUCCUACUACACCGGCUCCGACGCUCGUUGGAUGUGGCAGGGCUUGCAAACUAUUACAGGCUACAAAGGGAAGCACAGCCGCGAGCUGCUCAGUGACACGAGCCUACCAGACAAGCUAAAUCACUUCUAUGCUCGCUUCGAGGCAAGCAACACUGAAGCAUGCAUGAGAGCAUCAGCUCUUCCGGAUGACUAUGUGUUCACGCUCUCCAUAGCCGAUGUGAGUAAGACUUUUAAGCAGGUCAACAUUCACAAGGCCGCAGGGCCAGACAGAUUACCAGGACGCGUACUCCGAGCAUGCGCUGACCAAUUGGCAAGUGUCUUCACUGUUCCUGACUGAGUCUGUAAUACCAACAUGUUUCAAACAGACCACCAUAGUCCCUGUGCCCAAGAACACUAAGAUAACCUGCCUAAAUGACUACCAACCCGUAGCACUCACAUCUGUAGCCAUGAAGUGCUUUGAAAGGCUGGUCAUGGCUCACAUCAACACCAUUAUCCCAGAAACCCUAGACCCACUCCAAUUUGCAUACCGCCCCAACAGAUCCACAGAUGAUGCAAUCUCUAUUGCACUCCACACUGCCCUUUCCCACCUGGACAAGAGGAACACCUAUGUGAGAACGCUAUUCAUUGACUACAGCUCAGCGUUCAACACCAUAGUGCCCUCAAAGCUCAUCACUAAGCUAAGGACCCUGGGACUAAACACCUCCCUCUGCAACUGGAUCCUGACUGGCCACCCCCAGGUGGUAAGGGUAGGUAACAACACAUCUGCCACGCUGAUCCUCAACAUGGGGGCCCUUCAGGGGUGUGUGCUCAGUCCCCUCCUGUACUCCCUGUUCACCCAUGACUGCAUGGCCAGGCACAACUCUAACACCAUAAUUAAGUUUGCUGACGACACAACAGCGGUAUGCCUGAUCACCGACAACGAUGAGACAGCCUAUAGGGAGGUCAGAGACCUGGCCGUGUGGUGCCAGGAUAACAACCUAUCCAUCAACGUGAUCAAGACAAAUUAGAUGGUUUUGGACUACAGGAAAAAAAAGAGGACUGAGCACUUCCCCAUUUGCUUCGACAGGGCUGUAGUGGAACAAGUUGAGAGCUUCAAGUUCUUUGGUGUCCACAUCACCAACAAACUAUCAUGGUCCAAACACACCAAGACAGUCAGGAAGAGGGCACGACAAAGCAUAUUCCCCCUUAGGAGACUGAAAAGAUUUGGCAUGGGUCCUCAGAUCCUCAAAAAGUUCUACAGCUGCACCAUCGAGAGCAUCCUGACUGGUUGCAUCACUGCCUGGUAUGGGAACUUCUCGGCCUCCGACCGAGAAGAGGGUAGUGCGUACGGCCCAGUACAUCACUGGGGCCAAGCUUCCUGCCUUCCAGGACCUCUAUACCAGGCGGUGUCAGAGGAAGGCCCUAAAAAUUGUCAAAGACUCCAGCAACCCUAGUCAUAGACUAGUCCAAAAGGCUUCUUAACAGCUUCUACCCCCAAGCCAUAAGACUCCUGAACAGCUAAUCAUGGCUACCCAGACUAUUUGCAUUGUCCCCCCACCCCACCCCCUCUUUUACGCUACUGCUACUCUCUGUUUAUUAUCUAUGCAUAGUCACUUUAACUCUACCUACUUGUACAUAUUACCUCAAUUACCUCGACUAACCUGUGCCCCCGCACAUUGACUCUGUACUGGUACCCCCUGUAUAUAGCCUCGCUAUUGUUAUUUUAUUUUACUGCUGCUCUUUAAUUAUUUGUUAUUUCAAUUUUUUACUUAUCUAUUUUUUACUUAACACUUCUUUUUCUUAAAACUGCAUUGUUGGUUAAGGGCUUGUAAGUAAGCAUUUCACUGUAUUCGGCGCAUGUGGCAAAUAACAUUUUAUUUUAUUUUAUUUGUAUGACCAAAGUGCAAUUGAGUUCAUGGAUGGAUGCAGUAUAGCAGAGUUUUUACUCAAUUGACUUUACCUCACCUCUUAUGAGAAUGCAUAUAGAGACUGUGCAGCAAAAAAAAAUCUCUAUUUUUACAAAGCUGGCAAGAGACCAGGCUGAGCAUUGUGCCAGAGAGUAGAUCCUUUGAUGUUCCGGCUAUAUAGCCUAGCUAUUAUACUUUCAAUCCUUGUUAAACUGGAACCAAAUAACCUUGAUGCCUAAAAGGGCUGUGCUGGAACACAAGUUGUGUGUGUGUGUGCGCACAUGCACAGACGCUUGGUACAGUAUGUGUAAGGCUCAUUAAAUGCUUGUAUAUGUGUGUGUAUUCUGAUUGUGUGUACUCUAUUUGUUUUUGUACUCCCCUAGGUUCUUCCUGCAACGGUUUGUCCCCGGGGCGCGGACGCUGACGGACGCUGAGUGCAAAGGCUUCCUUUCUGCAGCUGAUGAUGACAACGAUGGCAAGAUCGGAGUAGAAGGUGAGUCGCUCUCUCCAAUCACCUGCAGGCUGGGGCAUUAUCAUGAGCCAAAUAGUAAGGCUGUUAGUAUUUCCUUGAAGGGAUUUUGAUGAGCAGGAGACCAAGACUCUCUGAGAUCCACAAUACAUUUUGGGAGGCUCUUGGUUUUUGGCGGUUUUCCAAGAGAAAAUAUACAGAAGGCUAAAAUUUGGAUCAAAUAGUUUAAAGUUCUUUCCUGACUAUUGCAAAUCCUGUCCUAGUGUGGAAGACUUCUAUCUAAGCCAACAUUCACAAACUUGGCGUUGGCCAUGACUAGGUCUCUCUUCAUAUUUAUGGCAAUGUAUGGCCAUAUGUAUUUUGUAAAAUGAGAUUAACGUUAUGCUCUUUAGAGUUGUAAUCCGCCCUGACUGCUGUCAACACAGAUGUAUGGCUUUUAGUAAGGGCCAGCCCUGAGUAGGCAGAAGAGAGUAUGGAUAGAGGAUGAGCUUUAGAGACACCAGAUGUUUCAGGUCAAGAGGAAGGCAUUGGGACAGCCCUUGUAGAGUAUACUGUAUAUAGAGUAGUGUUUGUGCGCUCGUGUGUCUAUAUUCCCGUAUGUUUUGUGCAAGGUUUUGAGGGUGACAAAAAUACAUUGUGGAGCUUAAAUCAGAUGCCAGUUGGUCUCAACAAGCAGAGAUCCAAAAGUCACGGGCUCCAGUAGACCUAGGUUAAAAUCAUUUUCAAAACCUUUCAUAUACUUUUAGUGUUUGAUUGAGCCUACAUGGAGUGCCAGAUGGGCAAAGUUUGCACUUUUGGGUCUAUUCCAUUGAUCCCAAUAACCCAGACAAGCUCAAUCAAGCACAGCUAAAGCAAUCAAAAUAUUUCAAGUACUAUUUGAAUCCUGGUCUGGUCCUCUAGAUGCUCUAUCAAUGGUUACCAGACAGAUUUGAGCGAUAUCUAGGGCUGCACAGACUGGCUUAGCUGGGAUUGCAUAACCGGAUGAAGGAAUCAGACAACGUCUAAACAUUAUUCCAAUCUCUGGUUCCAAACCAACUAUUUGGUUCAGGGUCAUUUUGGUCAGCUUUUUUGGCACUUCCCUCUAUUGAAAGAAUAACAAACAAAAACGUUUUACAAGUGUUUGGGUGUUUGUAUUACGUAAGGUUUGAAUUCGAUGUUGUUCUGCUUUAUCCCACAUCUUUUUGACAAGGGGGCAAAUUAAUUCUGUGAAAAACACUUAUGUAUGCACAUGAUGGUAUGCAUAAGAUGAUUACAAGGUUGGAUAGCGAAGAAGCUACAAACUGAUUUACAUUAACAUUUUUGGUCAUAUUGCAUAUUGCAAUCCAAUCAUAUAAAUUGCGUAGAAUAUGCUUUCAAACCAGACAAAACACAGCAGCCAAAACACUAAUGGCGAAUUCCCAGUAAAGAACUCAUACUGUUACAGCUGUAGGCCAAAGAGGGUUAGUUAUAGCCUGUCUGUUCAAGUGAUUUAGAUCAUGAGCAACAUUUCCAAAAGGCUGUUUUGAUGUCGCUCAUCUCUGAACGUUCAUAUUCUAAUUCAUAAUUGGAACUCAUCUCAGAAUCUUUCUCUCUUGCCACAGAAUUCCUGAUCAUGGUCCAGUCCUGAGAGUUCCACGGGAGCCGAGAGAGCAGCAGGUGUUCGUUCUCUUCUCCUUCCCCAGCCUCAGCCUCCAGCUCCCAGACUCGUCUACUUCCUCAAGCCUACAGCAGCCUCCAUUCCCAGGAAUUAGUUUUUCUCUGUCCUUCUGCUUGAAUUGUGCCCUUCAAUUGUUGUUGUUUUCAGAGCCCCUCUCCAUUCAAUGAAAUUAUUAAUCCAUUAACCAUUUUUACUUGCCUUUUGAUUACGUUCUAGGUUGUAUAGCUGUGUCGCCCCAUAUUUCCUUCCAAUGCACACUACAUUGUCAAUCAAAAAGAUGAAUAAACACAUUGUAACUUAUUGUGGC